UUCUUGUUUUCACAUGUUUUGUUUAUUUUUAAAUAUUCGCAGAUAAACCGGUAUUUUUGUCGUGCAAUUUAAACCGCUGAAAAUCCUUUUAAAUUCGUGUAAUCCUUGCUAGAAAAUGUUCAAAAAUCGGAAAUCCACACUACUAGCGAAGAAAUCGUCCGAACUGAGUGCAAUUCGCGAAGCCGUUAGUGAUGCCAGUGCAACAGCCACCUCGCCCAGUCAGAAGAUCCGACGGUUGGACAGUGCUGGUGCAGCAGCAGCCUUUCCACCGACCGAAGCCGACGACGACCCCUUCGGAAGCCAGUUCUCGGUUCCGGCCAGUCAGAUGAACAGCCAGCGGCGGUACCUUUCGCAGCGGAGCAAUUUGCAGAAAUCGCAAAGUGCGCGCACCUCGCGCCGCAUGCCAACCAACUAUUUCGAAAGUGUGCUGCUCAAGUGCCAGCUGGAUCUGGACGCGGAUCCGGCGUCGGUGGUGCUCCGCUGCGAACCGAUCGGGUUCGUGCGGACGUUGCGGAACAUGCUGCGGGGAAGCGGCGACUACCCGAAGAACAUCAAGGAUUUCGUGCACGGGUUGGAGCAGGCAAGUAAGAACCGGGACAGCUUCCGGAAGUUGCUGGAAUGCUGCCAGAUGCAGAGUCAAACGAGUGGGGAGGUGAGACCGAUUCAGGAGAGUGUGAUGAAGAUGCUGCUGUGCGUAGACUUCAUGCAGGAGGAACUGAUACGGAUGUUGUUCGGGUAUGUGGAGCGAGUGGCCGAGGAAGAGGUUGGGGUGAAUAUGAUCGGGCUGGUUUUGUCGCAGAUUAAGUUUAUAGAUCAUACGGCACAUGGGGGGCUGGUGUUCGACAAGUAUUUUGAGGUACUGGGGCGGACUAGGAAUGCUCAGUUGCUGAGGGAAGCGAUCGGGGCGUUGGAGGAUGUUAUCGAUGUUCCGAAGCAGGACAUGGCGUUCCGGAAGAUUCUGGAGUUGUUUCCGAGAGCGGGGGAUUUGUUUAGCGUGACGAAUGUGACCGUGUUUUGCGAGAUGAGCUUGAGCGGGGCGACGCUGAGGAUGACCCGACAGAAGAUGGUAGAUUUUGUAGAGGCUGGGUGUGCGGUGGACAUCUAUCCUCUGUUAGUUCGGUUCAUGUUGAAGUUCAACAGUAACGAAGUGGAUGGGCUUCAUGAGAAUAUCCGAGAGAUACGAUUGAUCGUGGAUAGUCUUGUUCGAGUUGGUCUAGAUUCAUCCGUUGAGAAAUGUCUACGAGAGAUCUUUCAGAUCAUCUACCAGGCCUUGACCGUGUCGGCUGUGUUGUACGAGGCAUGGGUGAAGUUCUGCCGGCUGUUGACGGACGAGGAAUCGCACAUGGCAUUGGAUCUCUUGGUGCUUCUAAUGAUGCUGACUGUGAACGAAAUCAAAAGUAAUGCCAUCCAGAAAAUUCUAAUCAAUAAGAUCAAGAAAGGUCAUCUGGCUAUUUCACAUAUGAAAACCUUGACGAAGGAUUUCGGAUGUGUUCUGAAUGUUCACAUGGACUGCGUGUUGGACUUUGUGGAGUCCUGUCUCAAGGAACGGCAAGCGGAUGUUUGUGAGUUCGGAGUGCUGUCGAUGAGUUACCUGUUCUCCGCAAACAACCUCAACAAUCGGAUGGUGUUGAACAAGUUGGUUGGCUUCAUGUGCGAAAUGGCCUUGAUCAACGAGGGGCAACGGAAUGAUCAUUUGAUCGCUACAUGUAUGAAUGCCCUGUCGAGCAUCUACGAAAGCUAUCCCAAUGACAUUCGCAACAAUGCGCACAUCCUGCUGAAGAUCAUGGAUAUUUCAAUGGAUUUGAACCUGCAACAGUAUCGCACAGCGGUGAGCCUUAUCUGCGAGGCGAUCCAUGUUCCUGACAGGCCCCUAAACGAUAACGAAACAUGGGAUAGUCUGAACAUCGUGAUCAAGAAGCAAUUGUUGAGUAACAAUAAGGUCGUCAAGAAGAAAGGAGUCAUCGGAGUGGUUCGGUUGAUUCGCCAUCUGCUGAAAACGUCCACCGGAAAUGAAGAGCUCCCAAACACUUUUGAUUCCGACCGGACCAUCGACACGGUUAGUGACAUUCCCACGGCGUCCGGCCGUGAGAUCGGCAACAUGAUGAACAUGCUCUUCACAUCUGCCAACGAGUCCUCGGAUAUCCUGGCGCUCUGCUACGACGAGCUGGCUGAAAUGCUGCACGACUUUGAACGGAAGUUCGGAAAACCCGAAAAAGCCUUCACCAUCUGGCUGUGCGAUGUUCUAACAAACGAAUUCCAGAACUACUUUAUCAUCGAAGAGAUCCCUCAAGGUGACGUCGUCCAAUAUUCCAAGAAGCUAUGCAUCAACGAUGCAGCCGACCUGGAGAAUACGAAUGCAGAAGCCUACGCCAUAGCCGUCAACAUUACGGAGAACAUGUUGGCGUACAACAGUCGAUACUCCACGAUGUGCUUCUUUCUGUCCAUGUUCAAGUUGGUGAAGGCCCUGCAACUGAUUCGUUACGACGGUAACCUGGAGUCGAUCAAUGCUCUGUUAGGAUGCGCCAUCGUCGUACCGUCGUUCUACGAUGAACCUGACGAGAAGCAUCUGGUUGAAACAUUCGAAGAAGACGUCUGCCGGCAGCUCCUGGACGCGUAUUUCUAUAUCGCCAACUGGUUUCGGGAAUUGAUCAAUGCCUUUGUCCUACAGCCAGAUCAGCUAAUCCACCGGAAAGUCCUGGAACGGAUAACGGCUCUGGUUCAACUAGAACGACGUCUCGCAGCAUUACUGCGAACUGUGGACUUUGAUUACUUUCCUCCGAUUUGCGACUUUUCCGACGAUACCCAAAAGAAAUCCCUGCGAUCGGCUAAGGAAUCAUCCUCCAAACAGAACAUAACUCUCAACGCGACAACGAAGACUCAAUUGGAUUCCACCGCCAAGCCGCGUCCGUCGGAAUCUUCCGAGUUUGAUGGCGAAACACUGUUUGUCCGCUACCGACGAGGAUUCAGAUCUAUAGACUGUCAAGUGAUACAACUUUUCCGCGAAUCGGUACUUUUGUCUCAUACUCUGCCGAGCGAUAAACUUGGCGAAUGUUUAGGUUUAAUCGAGUAUCGCUUCUUGCUGGAAACUUUCGCAACCGAAAUCGAGGCUAAAACAGGAUCUCGUCUGAAACUCAGUGAUCUUCUUGAAGUACUCCCUUCUAUCGUUGACAACUACACUAAAAUCAACACUAAGCGACGAGAUGUUCAGCACUCCACGGAUCCGGAUCUCCAAUCCGAAUACAAAGCACUGACUUGUUGUUCAAAUCUGUCCCUCCGAUUGUUCACUGGAAUACUUCUUUCGGUGAACAAUUCCAAGCCAGUAAUUCAACACAAAGCCCUGCAAGCUUUUAACAAACUCGCCGACUCUUCGGAUAAAAGCUGCCAAACCGAUGAAGAUCUCGUAGAACUCAUCCUGUCAACCGAAUUGACCCAUAAGAAUGCUUUCAAAGAUCUGAACAACGCUCACUGCCUCUACAAAUUCGGUUGCGCCCUGAACCGCGUAUUCCCAAAUCCAAACAAUCCAUCAACCAUCGCCACGUUCUGCCAAAAGUUCGUUUGCUCACACUUCGUUCCCAAAACCGGCACCGCUCUCCAACUAUCCCAGCUGCUCCAAGGCCUCUUCACCGUCGUGGACUUCCCCAAGAUCAAACGACUCACCAAAGCGCUCGCCGACGACCUCACCUCCUCCAAAACCGACGACAAGCUCUUCUCCGGCCUUCAACGCUCCCAGUACGCUCUCCUCUUCAAAGAACUCACCAAAUCCUUCAUCAAAUGCGUCCAAUCCGAACUCCGCUCGCGCCGCACCACCGUCCAAAAGUUCGUCCUCUGGGAACAAUCGUCGGAAAUCCUCAAGCAAUUCUCCGAGGUCUCCAAGCACGCCGACAACUUCAAAAUCUACUCCUGCUACAUGCGCUACUCCCACACCUACCUCAAGCUCUUCCAGCAAAGCGGUCUCCGCACGAUGGAAGACAUCCUCAAAGUCUCGGCCGAUCGCGUGAGCCACCUACUGAGCACCCUACAGCACAGCACGCGCUACCUGCAUAACAUCUGCUGCCACUCAAAGAACACCAAACAAAACAGCCUGGCAGCCCAAAUCCCCUUCAUCCGGGAAACGGUCGAAAACCUAAUCUACAGCGUAAAAGCCGUCCUGGCGGCGAACGAUUGCGCCUCGGUGUUCUGGAUGGGUAACCUCAAGAACAAGGAUCUCAAGGGGGAUCUGAUCGUAUCGCAACUGGACGCAGCCGAAAACGAACUGGAAAUGAGCGAUCCGGACUCGGACAUUGCGGACUUCCUUAGCGAUGGCGAUGACGACGACGGAGAGGAACGGCCGGCUGCUGCGGUUGCUUUAGGCAAGGGAGGCUCCGAAGGAAAGUCAUCGCAGAGUAAGUGCUUCUGAUGGGUUGCGCAUGGAGGACAGCUGUUAGUUGAAGAUUCUACUUUAAGUUAAGUUCCUGUUAUGUACAAAGUAACUUCGAAAGAUCAACAAAAUUUCGCACAAUCUUCGUCGAAACAGUAGUCGUUACAUAUUAUUCGUCUUCGAAAUCCCAUGCACCUUAA